UGAUGAUGGUUGAUGGCUGAGGUGUCUGUAACAAUUUUCGUGUAGAUUCUUUUUCCGGCGGUACUCCUGAAGAGUGGUUGCAUGCUUUGAAAGCUCCAAACAGUGCUGACACCAGCAUGUCCUCAACCAUUCUGUGUGUGUGUGUUGUAAAGAUGUUAAACGUGCUCAAGAGCAAACGAAAAGCUUUCUACUCGCUGUGGCUUCACGAGCGAACGGACGAAAGCUGGACGCUAAUUGGACAAGUCAUUACACAAGAGUCACUAUGAUCUAAGCAUCUGGUCUGGCACAAGUCACCACGCCGGUACAGCUUUUGGAGCAUAGACAAGUACAAUUCUCCCAAAUAAAACCCCCCUUUAGAGCAGAACACCCAUCACAAAACGGAACGGAGUGAUGCUGAGACCUAAGCUGGGGAGAGUGUAGGUUGAUAAGAAGCACGUCGAUUGCUUAUCACGAGUGAAAGCAAUGCUCGGUUCAGUCAGAGGUAACCCAUCACCAUGGACAGAUCAGUGGUGUGUCUAUACUUUGCAUUGUUUGCCAUUUUUCCGUUUGCUGCCGGAUUAUGCAAUGUCGGCUUGGGGAAGCGCGUUUUCGGGGACGUGCUGCUCGAAACAUUGAGCUUCAAAAACUCAUCAGCCAGUGAACCGAAACAGUUAUCGCUGGUGAUCAGCUACCAGCCUAAUGCGCAUCUUGGCGAACAGAUAACCUACAGCAAGACGCAGGGAUCUGUUAAGUGUACUCUUGAAAUUCCAGAGGCAAAAAACAAGAAAGGACUGUUUCUGACUAUGACAAGCCAACACAACGUUACGGAACUGUCGGCAACGUUGGAAAUUUACGGAUUCCGCCAAGGGAAGGCAGUGAGAGUUAAUUGAGCGUCGCGAAAUAUCUACAGCAAUUAAGAUUUCCAUCCACUGUCUGGAUCCACUGACUGUCUGUCUGGAGUAAUGUGUGAACGUUGUGAAAGUGAAAGAACCUAUUAGAACCUAGAACAUACUUAAGAAAUUAAAAAUAUUGACUCUUUUGCUUCGCUCU